AUGAAGUGUAUACUACGACUUCGUAUUCUUCUAUGCUUAGCUACCGCGUUUGGGUCGGUGACAUCGUUCAGCGUGUGCCCUCAUAAUCUAUUAGACAAGGAUGUAUCUGGAAGUAGUACUGACUACUUGUCGUACAGACUUCCGAAAGAAGUUAUUCCAAUAAAGUACUCUCUUUACUUAGACAAUGACAUGAGAAACUUCACGUAUUUCGGAUCGGUAUCGAUAUACCUGAAAGUUGUCGAAACAACGGACACCGUUGUAGUGCACAGCGAUGGUUUACGUAUUCUAGAGGAAGAAGUGGACCUCUAUCGCGUGAAAACCGUAAACGAAUUGCAAAUUCCUUACAUUCGUGAACCAAUUAUGUGCCAAGUUUAUGAUCCCGAGAGGCAAUUUUAUGUCAUAAAGACUGAGAAGGAAUUGGAGCCUAACGAAUACGUGUUAUCGAUCAAGUUUUUGGGUGAAAUACGAGAUGACGUGUUUGGAUUUUACAGGAGCUUCUAUGUCGAAAACGGCGAGAAAAAGUGGAUGGCGGUCACCCAAUUUUCUCCAACGUAUGCACGCCGAGCGUUCCCCUGCAUGGACGAGCCGCAUUUGAAAGCAGUUUUCCAGCUGAGCAUUAGAAGCAGUGUUUACAAUCUGACAGUUACAAGUAAUACCAAGGCUGUAUAUAGGACACCGUGGAAUGAAUAUUGUUUCGAAGAGACGCCAAGAAUGUCUACCUAUCUGCUAGGUUGGGCUAUACACGAAUUCGUUCCCGACCAGCUGAUAAACUCCUCAGGGAUGUUUCAAAUGUGGACCAGGAGAUCCAUGAACCAUCGCGGAUCAAUUGCAUUGGACGAGGGUCAAUCUAUAUUCGCUUUCCUGAACAAUUGGGUUGCGAUGUGCAACCCUAUUUCAAAGAUGGACCAGGUUGCCGUACCCGACUUCAAUUUUCACGCGAUGGAAAAUUGGGGCAUGAUCACGUACAGGGAGUCCGUGGUACUCUACGAGUCUGGUCUGACACCCACGAAGUACAUGAUCGAUGGAUUCACCACUAUGGCUCACGAGUAUGCUCAUACCUGGUUUGGAAAUCUUGUCACGCCUAUGUUCUGGAACGUUGCGUGGUUAAAAGAGGGAUUCGCCUCGUACUUUCAAUACUUUGCCGUGUCCAUGGUGCAUCCAACGUGGAGAAUGAUGGACAAAUUCGUGGUGGACAUGCUGCAAUCAGCGAUGCUCUUGGACUCUGCGGAUCAUAACAGGGUUAUGAAUGGUCGAAACGUGGGUAGUCCUAGCAGCAUCAUGGCGGUGCUAGAUUUUGUUUCGUACAAAAAAGGUGCAUCUGUGAUCCGUAUGCUCUCCCACGUGAUCGGUGAAUCAGCUUUUCAUAAAGGUCUACAAGACUACGUGACAUAUAUGUCAUACCAAGCAGCUACUCCAUCGGACCUGUACAAACACUUGCAACAUUCCAUUAAUCAAUCGAGUGAAAUACAAAGCGACAUAUCGAUUGAAGAAUUCAUGGAGACCUGGACAAAUCAGUCGGGAUAUCCUCUAGUGACCGUCACACGAAAUUACGAAACGCAAACACUCACACUAUUCCAAGAACGAUUUCGCUGGGAUCAGGAUCAGUCGGUAUCUGGGUGGUGGAUACCAUUGAGUUUCACCACGGAAGAACUCGCAAAUUUUUCCAAUACGUCACCGUCAUUCUGGUUAAAGCCAGAAGACGAAGGCUUGACACUUCCUUUCCAUGUACCAUCUGACGAUUGGCUCAUUUUUAACCUUCAACAUGCUGGAUAUUAUCGAGUGAAUUACGACCAGGAAAAUUGGUUAAUGCUUACCUAUUAUCUCAACUCGAAACAUUUCCAGAAAAUACAUAGAGCGAAUAGAGCUGCCCUCGUGGACGAUGCCUUCAACCUAGCCAGGGCUGGCUACGUGAAUUACUCGAUUCCGUUCGAUCUUUGCAGUUACUUGGUCCAAGAACUUGACUACGAACCAUGGGUUGCCGCUGUAAACAGUAUCAGGUUUCUGAACACGAUGUUGAACAUCGAUCUUAAGGUCCAACGAGCCUUCCAGGAAUAUGUUGAUCGUUUGUUGCGAAACAUGUACGAGCAACUGAAUUUCACCGAAUCUAGAAACGAAGAUAUUACUACGAAAUUACACAGAGAGUUAAUCUUAUCGACUUCCUGUUUAAUACGCAGCGCGGAUUGCUUGAACAUUUCCAAAACUUUAUUUAAAAAUUGGAUGACUCAGCCUGAUAUAACAAUACCACGGGAUGUCAAGAGCUUUGUUUAUUGCGAGGGAAUACGUGAUGGAAACGAAGAAGAUUGGUACCGAGUGUUAGCUAAAUUCCAAAUUACUGAUCUGCAAACCGAGCAAGAACUAUUACUGCAAGGUCUUGGGUGCACACGAAACGCUAGUCUGAUUAAAAGGUAUCUCGAACUAUCUAUAUCGGAUGAGCAGAAUGUCCAUAAACAACAGAGGAUGAUGAUAGUGAAUGCUAUUCUAGAUGGAAACGCGGGGAAUUUGGAUCACGUUAUGAAGUUCGUUCACUCGAACUUGAAGAGUAUCAUCGACCUAAGAGGACACGAUUUCCUAGGGAAAGUGAUCACCGCGAUAGGCAAAGCUGUGACAAGGGAGAAGCAAGCGAGAAAGCUGCGAACACUCGUUGAGGAGCACACCGAAGAGCUAGGGCCAGCGUUGGAUGCAGCUGAACAGGCACUGUCGGUGGCUUUAGGAAACGUGGAGUGGAUUAACAAAUACGUACCCAGUAUAGCUAAUUACUUCGAGCAACAUGAAAUAUUAUAA